AUGACCAGUAGUAUAGGCGAUGUAACAAAUCCAGGUUUGAUAGAUAAAUCUAUAAAGUUACUCAAGUUUACAGCAAAUUUGUCGGUUAAUUGGCUUGCUAAAGUUAUGAUUAAUUAUAUCAAGAUAAAUGAAUUAUGCAGGCUAAUAUCAGUUCGACAAGGUAACCACGAUGAUACUCCAGAGCCCUCAAAGUUCGAGCAGGAAUUAAUGUUGUUGGAUGACAUCGAAACUGAAGAUAUAGCUUUGGUGGACGAAAGUUCUGCUUUGUCUCAUCUGGACUUGCUAACGAAUUCGCAUUGGCCAAGACGUAGGUUGGAGAAGUUGGAUCCAAAUAAGGACAAUAUUAUUUUCCAGCAGUUUGAUGUGUCACAUUAUAAAGGUGAACAUUUAACUGGUAUGCCUGGUGCUACUCAAAGUCCUGUACCAAUUAUACGUUUGUUUGGUAUAACUGAAAAGGGUCAUAGUGUAUGCGCGCAUGUGCAUGGUUUUCUACCAUAUUUCUAUGUACCAGCACCGAAAGAUUUUUCAACAGAUCAUUUGAAUGCUUUUCGUGAAGCCUUAAAUUCUAUGUUAUUGAAAGAGAAAUCAAAAGAGUUUGAAGGAUUACAACACCUCGUACUUAGAGUUACAUGUGAAGAGAAACGAAAUGUAUACGGUUUUCAUGGAAAUCGUAGUCUACCAUUUCUUCGUAUUACUUUGGCAUUGCCACGUUUAAUUGCACCAGCUAAACGUAUAUUAGACAAUGGUUUAUCAUUUGCUGAUUAUUCAUUACAAUCAUAUCCUGCUUUUGAAGCGAAUAUUGACUUUGAAAUACGUUUUAUGACGGAUACACAAAUGACUGGAUGUAGUUGGGUUGAAGCACCAGCACAGAAAUAUCACUUGAGAGAUUCAACAAAGAAAUCGGAUGAUGUGAAAAAAUCCAUAAAUCAGAAAUCAAAUCAUUCUGUUAGUGCCUCAACGACCUCUACUAUAGAUGGUUAUAGUAGUGGUUCAAAAAAUGGUGUUAAUGAUCACUCAACAUUGUUAACUAGUCAAACAAGAUGUCAAAUUGAGUUUGAUAUAGCAUGGGAUGCUUUGAUUGUUCAUUCACCUGAAGGUCAAUGGAGUAAUAUUGCACCAUUACGUGUACUAAGUUUUGAUAUUGAAUGUGCCAGUCGUAAAGGUGUAUUCCCUGUACCCGAUAAAGAUCCAGUUAUACAGAUUGCUAAUAUGGUUACUAACUAUGGGGAAACAACACCAUUUAUACGUAAUGUAUUCACAUUGAAUACAUGUGCACCAAUUGUUGGUUCACAAGUUAUUUGCCAUCAAACGGAAGAAGAACUGUUAGCUAAUUGGUCAGUGUUUGUGCGUGAAGUUGAUCCAGAUAUAAUCACUGGUUAUAAUAUACAAAAUUUCGAUCUGCCUUAUCUUAUUAAUCGUGCUAAAACCUUAAAAGUUGAUGGUUUUGAAUUUCUUGGUCGUAUACGUGGUGCACGUUCUACAAUACGGGAAGCUAUAACUCAAUCAAAACAAAUGGGUCGUAGAGAAAAUAAAUUUGUAAAUAUUGAUGGACGUGUACAGUUUGAUUUAUUGCAGAUAUUAUUUCGUGAUUAUAAACUUCGAAGUUAUACAUUGAAUGCAGUUAGUUAUCAUUUCCUUGAAGAGCAAAAAGAAGAUGUACAUCAUAAUGUUAUUACUGACUUACAAAAUGGUGAUGCUCAAACACGAAGACGUUUAGCUGUUUAUUGUUUAAAAGAUGCUUAUUUACCAUUACGUUUAUUAGAUAAAUUAAUGUGUAUUGUAAAUAAUAUUGAAAUGGCUCGAGUUACUGGUGUACCAUUAACAUACCUACUUACUCGGGGUCAACAAGUCAAGGUUGUGUCUCAAUUAUUGCGUAAAGCCCAUGAACAUGGUUAUUUAUUGCCAACAUAUCAGUCGCAACAGGGUGAUGAAUUCGUUGGUGCAACUGUACUGGAACCACGCAAAGGUUUUUAUAAUGAACCGAUAGCUACAUUAGAUUUUGCUAGCCUAUAUCCAAGUAUAAUGAUGGCUCAUAAUCUAUGUUAUACAACUUUGUUACAAGUGAAUACAACACCGCAUGGUUCAACGGGUGGCGGUAUUCAAGCACUUGUUCAGCGUUAUAAUUUAACUGAUGAAGAUUAUAUUAAAACACCGACUGGAGCGUAUUUUGUUAAAUCACAUAUCUGUCAUGGUAUUUUACCGGAAAUUUUACAACAGCUUUUAAGUGCCAGAAAAAAAGCUAAAGCUGAACUUGCUAAAGAAACUGAUCCAUUACGUAAACGUGUUUUAGAUGGACGUCAAUUAGCAUUAAAAAUUAGCGCUAAUUCUGUUUAUGGAUUUACUGGUGCACAAGUUGGUAAACUACCUUGUUUAGAAAUAUCAGCUUCUGUUACAUCAUUUGGACGUUUAAUGAUUGAACAAACAAAAUUACAUGUUGAAAAUAAAUUCAAUAUUGCUAAUGGUUAUAAACAUGAUGCUGUGGUUAUUUAUGGUGAUACAGAUUCAGUGAUGUGUAAAUUUGGUGUAUCCACAGUAACGGAAGCUAUGGAAAUAGGUCGUAAAGCUGCUGAAAUCAUAUCUGAAGAAUUUCCUAAACCAAUUCGAUUAGAAUUUGAAAAGGUGUAUUGUCCAUAUUUAUUGAUCAAUAAAAAACGUUAUGCUGGUUUAUAUUUUACAAAACCAGAUCGACACGAUAAAAUGGAUUGUAAAGGUAUUGAAACUGUACGUCGUGAUAAUAGUCCAUUGGUGGCUAAUUUAAUCAAUGCAUGUUUAGAACGUAUAUUGAUUGAUCGUGAUCCAAAUGCAGCGAUUAGUUAUGCUCAAUCAGUAAUCUCAGAUUUAUUAUGCAAUCGUAUUGAUAUUUCACAAUUAGUUAUUAGUAAAGAAUUAACUAAAACCGAUGAAGAAUACACUGGUAAACAAGCUCAUGUAGAAUUAGCUGCAAAAAUGCGUAAACGUGAUCCAGGUUCAGCGCCAAAUUUAGGCGAUCGUGUACCUUAUGUAAUUACUGCUGUGGGUGGGAAAAAUACAGCAGCUUAUGCAAAAGCUGAAGAUCCUCUUUAUGUAUUAGAGCAUAAUAUACCGAUUGAUACAAAAUAUUAUUUAGAAAAUCAAUUAGCUAACCCUUUACUACGUAUAUUUGAACCAAUUUUAGGUGAAGUAAAAGCAAAAUCUGUACUGUUAAAUGGCGAACAUACACGUGUAAAAGCUGUGGUACACUCUACUGUUGGACAAUUAUCAGCUUUUACAAAAGUACGUGCAUCAUGUAUUGGAUGUAGAACAUUAUUACCUGCUGAUAAAACAGACGCAGCUUUAUGUAAAUAUUGUGAAUCACGUGCAUCAGAAAUUUAUCAAAAAGAAAUUGUACAAUUAAAUUUAUUAGAGAAAAAAUUCACUUCUUUAUGGACAGAAUGUCAACGUUGUCAACAAAGUAUACAUGAAGAAGUUAUAUGUACCAGUCGAGAUUGUCCAAUUUUUUAUAUGCGAAUGAAAUCCCGUAAAGAUGUCGAUGAAGCAUAUAAAACAAUUCAACGUUUUGGUAAUCCUAAUUGGUAAAUCAAAAAGAAAAAAGAGUCACAUUCAUUAAACUGAACUGAACUGAACUGAACUGAACUAGUCUAAUGUUAUUGUAAAGAGAGAAAACAAAACAAAAACAAGGAAACAAUAACAAUAAUUCAACCAUAUCAUUUUACCAAUAACUAGAAUACAUUUUCUCUCAGGUUUGUUUGUUGUUUUGUUUUGGUUUUUAAGUUGACUCUUAUUCCAGAGCUCAAAUCUUCUUCUUAUUAUUAUAAAUUUUUUGCCCUAAAGAUUUUUUUAUUUUUAUUAUGAAAAGUGCAUUUUCAAAAUUAUUGUACUUUAUAUUGAAUUGUUUAAUACAAUUUUUUUUGUUUUGUUUAUUAUAGUGUAAUUUAUAUUGAUGAAUAUAGUUAAAGUUGGAACAAUUAGGCGGCAAAACUAUAAUUUAUGAAUAAAUCAAUCUGAAUUUUGACAUGAAA